AGAGCCAACACAGCCAAGAGGUUCAACUGGUUUGGACUUGUAUGUCAGCAGAAUGGUUUAUCAUGUUCCAUUAUUGGGGAUUCCUUGUUGCUGGUGAUGGGUGAGCCUGAAAAAACACAGCUUUACUUGCAUAUCUCAGGCUCCUCUUUAGCCCACUGUCCUGAAGACAAGAGGUUCUGGCUGAUCAGGAGUCUCCAUUAGCAAUUCAAGUUGGCUGGAGAAUGGAAGGUGUUGAGUUUAAGGAAGAAUGGCAAGAUGAAGAUUUUCCAAGGCCCCUGCCAGAGGAUGAUCCUGUUGAGUCUGAUACAUUGGCUGCAGCUGGAACAGAAAGUGAAGCUGAUGCAGAGGUCAUUGGAACCAAAGUGAAGAAGAAACUCGUGGCUCCAGAUAUCAGCUUAACUCUGGAUCGCAGUGGGGAUUCUGUUUUGUCUGAUGACUUGGAUGACAGUGUAGAGAUUGAUUUGGAUGACAUAGAUACUCCUUCAGAAAAUAGCAAUGAAUUUGAAUGGGAAGAUGAUCUUCCAAAACCAAAAACUACUGAUGUAAUUAGGAAAGGAUCACUCACUGAAUAUGCUGCGGCAGAGGAGAAGGAUGAUGGACGACGCUGGCGAAUGUUUAGAAUUGGAGAGCAGGACCAUAGGGUGGACAUGAAGGCAAUUGAACCAUAUAAAAAGGUUAUCAGUCAUGGUGGUUAUUAUGGUGAUGGCUUAAAUGCCAUUGUUGUGUUUGCUGUUUGCUUUAUGCCUGAGAGCAGCCAGCCGAACUACAGAUACCUAAUGGACAAUCUAUUUAAGUAUGUAAUUGGCACUUUAGAGCUGUUAGUAGCAGAGAACUAUAUGAUAGUUUACCUGAAUGGUGCAACAACAAGGAGAAAAAUGCCAAGUUUAGGUUGGCUCAGGAAGUGCUACCAGCAAAUUGAUAGAAGGUUAAGGAAAAAUCUGAAAUCACUGAUCAUAGUCCAUCCUUCUUGGUUCAUCAGAACACUUCUGGCCAUCACAAAACCUUUCAUUAGCUCAAAAUUCAGCCAAAAAAUUAGGUAUGUCUUUACCCUGGCAGAACUAGCUGAACUCAUCCCCAUGGAAUACGUUGGCAUCCCAGAAUGCAUAAAACAGUAUGAAGAAGAAAAGUUUAGAAAGAAACAGAAAAGAGUUGACCAAGAGCUGAAUGGAAAACAAGAGCAGAAAAGUGAACAGUAAGUUUGGAGUCCAAGCAAGACUGAAGAAUAUGCAGAUGGAAUGAUGCUAUUUUUGCUCCAUUUACAGUGCAUUCUCUGUGUGUGUAUGUACUAUAUAAUCUGUUGCAAAAGGUGCUUUGGACUAGCACACAAUGAACUGCUUACCUGCUGUAUUGUUUGUAUUGACUUUAGUAGCUGUUCAUGUAAUCAGUUUAUACUGCUAAGUGUCCAAGAACUCUGUUUUCAGAGGGUGUUCUUGCAAUUGUUUAUCUAAAUGAUGCAUGUUCUUCAGUAAAAUAUUUAUAUACGUAAAUGUUAAAGGAAAGAGAUAAUAUAUAUAUUUUUAUGACUGAGCAAUAUAUUGCGUGUACCUGCUGAAGGAAUUCAUUUGCAGGUAGAUAAGGCCAUAAGUUACUUGUUACUGUAUAAAUCUGUUUUGCUGUAAAUGGUCAAGUGCAUUUCUUGGUUGUCACAGAAAUUUGUGUGGAUAUUAACAAUCACCUAAUGUAGUCUUUCACGAGUGUUGAGAUCCUUAUUUUUGUUCACAUACCUAA